AUGUCAAAUCUCUCUCUCUCUCUUCAUUUAAACCACCAGACCUUCUCUUUUCAUUUAUCAUCUCUCACUUAUCAUCUCUCACUUUAUCAAAUCACACUCCUCAAAAAUUCAAAUACAUCUACUGAUUUUCUCUCUCUCUUAAAAUGGUUCACCACCAUCUUCAAGAAACCAAAUGCAUCUUCAAGAAAUCUCUGUCUCAUCCACCACCGGCGACCCCCUCCUUCUCUGGUGCUGGAGGCCAAAAACGCCGCUGCCGGAGGCCAAAAACGCCGCUGCCGGAAGGUGGGGUUGUGGUGGUGGUGGUGUUCUACGGCGCGACGGAUGGUACUUAAUGAUUUUUCCGGCCAAAAACGCCGCUGCCGGAAGUUGAAGGUGGGGUUGCGGUGGUGGUGGUGUUCUACGGCGCGUCAAUGGUGUCAACCAUUUUUCUCAGAAGAUUAUUCAUUUAUUGACCGUCCAUGUGUUGGAUUUGUAGAAGGAAUAGCUCUAGUUUGUAGAGGGAGGAGCUUCUGAAUAACGGUUUGGGUCUUUUGACUUUGUUGUCUCUCUCUAUAAAAAAACCCAGUUCCACCACCGCCUCUCUCACUCUUGAUGGCAACCACACCGAAUCCACCUCCUUCAACCUCCCUUCGGCAUCUAACCUGCAAUGGCAAUGGUGAUAUACGGUGGUGGUUGUAACGGUAGAUAGCCACUGUUUUUGUGGCGAGGAACCGUGGAUAUGGCAGAGCCGACCCGACCCAAUUUUGGUUUUUUGAAAUUAAAGUCCGUUUGUUGGUAUGUUGGGGUUUGUACAGGGCUAUUUUCUAAGUU